GAAAUAACAACGACGGCCGAGGUGCCACUUAUCCCCUUUCUUAGAACAGUAAGCCUUCCUUCUGACAGCGAAAUAAGGCUUAUAAGUUUAUCGAACCAUGGGAGACGAAGAAAAACAACUGGUGACCAAGCCGGACGCAGCUGGAUCUGGGGCCCAAACGGCGGUUGAGGCCCCGGGAAGUCACGGUGCUGCCGCAGGAGGCCAGGGUGAUGCACCUCCGGCUUCUACGACUGAUCUUCGUCGUCCUUCCUUGAAAGACAAGGAAAUCUUGGUUGACCUUAUCAUGACAAUCAUUGGGAAGACCCUGGGCAACCGUUUCAAAGAAAAACGCAAUCUGGUGGUAUUCGCGGCCAUCUGCGUUGGGUUGUGCGGUUACGUCCUCAUUUCAACGAAAUACCUGAUAGAAGCCCUACGUUCUGGAAGUGAGACAGUCGAAGACGUCCCGCCGUCGAAACCUCAAGAACGUUUCAGCUACCCUCCUGGCUGCGAUGAGACAAUUUGCUUGCCUGAAACGCGAUACCUGGAACAGCACGUAUAUGGAAACCCAUGCAACGAUCUGUACACUUACGUUUGCAACGACAACUACUUCUAUAGCGGCGACCGUAAGGACUACGCUUUAUGGCCGUAUCGAUACGCAAGUUUGGAGUUUGGGUACACAACACUUCUGGACUACAUCCACAAUACUCUCAAGAAUUUCACCGUCCCUCCGGUGGAAUAUGCGGGCACUGGGCUUAUGAAAACGUUGAUGUUCCUCAAGAACUGCUCCUCCGAGAAGGACCGUUCCAAGCAUCACAUUGGCCACUUGAAGCGUGCCUUGUACGAGGCUGGGUUGCCAAGCAGUCCGUACGAAAAAGGACGCUUGGACGAUCUUCCUGACGUGGCUGGGGUGCUGGGGAAAGUGAUGCUCAUGCUCAACCUCAAAAUAUUCUUCACCAUCGAUUUUGAAACUGCCGUUCCAAACACGCCUGCGAACAGCGUUGGAAAGAUCGUAUCUAUACGCAAGCUCCCCCUGAGCAGAGCAAUAGGAGAACGCCAACGCGAUGCUGCAGGCAAGGAGAAGAGCGAAUUCAUGUACAACAUGCUGAAGACUCGUCAUUUCAUUCCGCCCAGCUCGAAGCUGUACGACUUUAUCGGACAUGAUUUCUACAACCUUGCAGAGAGCGUGUCAGAGGAGUUCAUAAAGGCCACGAACGCAGAGGAUCUGCGAAUAAUCCCUAUGAACAAGCUUCCAGAGUACCCAAAGCCCCCACCUGCAUCCGGUUCAGCGCCAAAAAGUUUCGACUGGGUUUUAUUCUUCAACACAUUGCUGCCACAGAGUAAACCGUACUUCACCGGUAAAACUUUAGUUGCUCUGCACGAUGAAGAGCACAUCAAAAGGGUGAUGAAGCUCAUAGUGAACACCGACACCUACAACAUACUGAAUUACAUCCUUCUCUUCGUGUGGUCCUAUUAUGUACCUCUGCUGCCGUCUCUGUACACAAGUCAGAUGCGUUACCUGCCCUUCACCGAUUACUCUUCCAUCACAGUCAACGAUAACUUUCAGGCCUGCAUCAAGUUGGCCGAAGCUUUCUGUCCCAAGGGAAUGAUUGCAGUCAUCAGGCAUAUCAUUAUGGGCCACAAAGACAAAGAAGAGUAUAAGAAAUGGGUUACUCCACUCGCAGAGGGCUACAGGAACAUGUUGCUCGAGUUCUUCAAGAACGGUCUGAGUGAAUUAAUUGGAAAGAACCUCGUCACUCAACUGAAGGUUGCUGACCAUCUUACGGGCAGUAUCAGCCUGGCCAUCCCCAACGUCAUAGUCGACUACGACGUGGCGCAGCUGGACUGUGACUCCCAAGUGGAUCCGGCAAAGGCCAACCUCACCCUGUACUACUUCAGGGAAGCCGUGUCCGAAUCCAACCGGAAGCAAUGGAGGGACAAGUUCUACACGACAAAUGUAAUUUACACACCGCCUGUGGAAAGCAACUUCGUGUUUGACGUUUCUUUCGAGGGGAAGGAUGUUUUCAUACCGUUGACGUACCUGUUAAACAUGAUCAAGUACCCGGACAUGAAGACAGUCUUUUUGUGGAUGUCGCUGCCGGACGUCUUGAGAUCUCUUGUGAGGGAGUUAUACCGCAUGCCCGUCAUAGCCGGAACGCAGGUAAAGUACGGGGAAGCUGUGGGGGCAGCCACACAUAACCUUGGCACAUGUGUCCUCACUCUGUUCGCUCGCUACCUCAACAUGACAAAACUUUACGCUGGGGACCAGGAGUGGUUCCUUGGAGAUGCCCUGGUUUACAAGUGGAUGAUGAAUUUCACUAUGCAGGCUUUGGUUCGCGUGGAUAAGGCGUACUUGACCAGAGGCUUCCCAGAGUCCGAGAAGAGGAAGGUACCCUACUAUCUAAUGGCUGAGUCAGCCUGUCGAAAGUACUACGAAGCCACUCCUGUCUGGGAUUCCAUGCUAUACUACAACAUGCCCCCGCGUGCGCUGGUAAAUGUGGCCCUUAUGGACUACGAGGACUUUGCCGACACAUUCGGCUGCAAGCCUGGAGACCCUAUGGUUGCCCGACAGACCUGUUCUCUGACGGACCGCAACAAACGAGAUCCCAUUGACAUUCAUCGAAUUAUUCGUUUUGAAUUCUAGAUUUGUAUAGCUAAGGACAUGUUUGAAGUCAAUACAGUCAAAUAUAUUUUACAUUUACGUA